AUGCUGUUCAGAGUCAGUAACUUGUCCCGCCGUGGUUUCCACUCUGCCGGAGCAAGAAUGGCGGCUCCCUUUCCUGUCCCUCCAGCCGACGCGCACAAGAGACACGUCCAGACGACACUCAACUACUUCAAGCCUCUUCCAAAUGGCCAAAAGCCACCGACAAUCUACCCAUUUAGACCCGAGAAGCAUGACUACAGUCGGUGGGCAGAGGCGGUGCCCGUCACGGUUCACGACGUGGCGGGUGAGGAGCAGGAGUACAGCCUUGAUAAGCAUGGCUUCUCUUUCUUCCAUCACGAGACAAAGGUGGCGGACUUCUCAAACUCAGAUCUCAUCAAGAAGGAGUACCUCCCUGAGAUAGAGAAAGUAUUGAAGCAGGCAACCGGUGCAAGUUACGUCCACGCCUUCAACCCGAUUAUCCGAAAACCCUCCCCCAUACCGGGAAAGGCCGCUCAGGGUCCUGUAUCACUGGUUCACGUCGACCUGACCCCGGAAGAGGCCGUCAAGGGCGCGCGCUUUGAUCUUGGCUCCGAAGCCGAUCAGCUGAUGAAGGGGCGCUUCCAAGUCAUCCAUGCUUGGCGACCUCUAAAGCCAAUAUACAAAGACCCUUUCGCGGUAGCCGAUGCUCGCUCGAUCCCCCAAGAGGAUCUUGUUCAUACAAAGGUCAUCUUCCCAAACCGAGAGGGGUCGACGUUUAAUGUGACAUCGAGCCCAGGGCAUAAGUUCUACUACCGAUUUGGCCAGACGCCUGAUAUCAUCACCUUGUUCAAGAGCUUUGAUUCCAAGGAGGGAGUUGCUUGUCGGAACCCUCACUCGGCUUUCGUGGACCCGUCGACUGUAGAUUAUCCCGAUCGAGAGAGUCUCAAAACCCCACAUCUCCCUGCCCUUGCAAGGCAGCAAGAGAUCUCCCUCAACAACAGCCGCGCGAACAGAGACCCAGGAUGUCGCGCCCACCGCCAGCUCAGCGAGAUCAAUCCCCCUCUGUUCAGCGCCCAGAGAGGAGCCGAUGAGGACGAAGUCGAGUGCGAGUUGAUGAUCCACAGCCUGGAUGAUGCACCAGAGUACGAAGCGCUCUCCUAUGUUUGGGGCUGCCCAGUUCCCCAGGCAAGGAUCCGAUUGGCCACGGGCUACGCGGAGGUUGGACCGAGUCUGUACGCUGCGCUUCGCGGCUUGCGAUAUUCAGAUUCACCUAGGAUGAUCUGGGCUGAUUCGCUGUGUAUCAACCAGGCUGAUAUUUCCGAACGGAACUCUCAGGUCCAGAUCAUGCCCGACAUUUACUCAAGAGCCAGCAGAACUUUGAUAUGGCUAAGCGACGCAACCCCCGAACUUGAAGGCGCCAUCUUGACGUUCCAGUUGAUGCCCUCUCGCUCUCCAGAAGAAUCACACAGCUCGGGAGUCCAAACGUCUAGCGGAUCGCAGAAGAGGUCUGAAGAGCCUACUCAGGCCUCAGCGCCGCCGCCCCUAAUCAGUCGAAUAUAUGGCCCGGCUGUGGCAUCUCUAUUCAGCUUGCCGUGGUUCACUCGGAAAUGGGUGAUCCAGGAGGCUGUCAAAUCUCAGAACCCGGUCUUCGUUAUCGGAAAGCAAACUUUGCCUUGGGGCAUCCUCCUCGACGUCGCCCUAGAUUUAAUCCUAUCGACGUUCAUAAUACAGCUGCAGCAGCCUCAGAAAUCACAGCAAGUCGCCACAAAUGCCAUUAACCUCAUGCUAAUGGCUAGCUUGAGGAUUGAAGGGCCUCAGAACUUGAUGGCGCUGCUUUCCGAAACCACAAACUUCUCUUGUACUGAAGAUAAGGACUAUCUCUUUAGUGUUCUUGGGCUGAUGCCGACGUCGCUGCGGGCGUCUCCUCUGCUUCGGCCUGAUUACGGCAUUUCAUUUUCCGAGAUGCUUCAAAGACUGGUGAGAUGGAGUCUAGAAGAGAGGAGAAGUCUGGACUUUCUCGGCCUGUGUUACUUCCAACCUUCGACCUCCGGCGAGCCCUCCUGGAUGCCUCAGCUCACUCGAGGAUUCCCUGACAAACCUCUGCCUAUGAGGAAACAUGAGUGCUUUCGAGCUGGUGGGCCCAGCUCUAUCACUGUAGCCUUCGCCGAUACGAGAAAACUCAGCAUGAACGGGAGAAUGAUCGAUACGAUUGAGGCGACUGCUGCAGCAUGGUCGAGGGGUGUAAUGGCGAUAGCAGAGGUCACAGAGGAAGAUUUCUCGUCACGGAGAUUCGCCGACCUCGCUGAGACGUUGACAUGGGCUAGAUACCGCGAACAGGACACUUCAGACAGCGCUGACGCUUUCCAUGGCUACGUAAAUGCCUGCAAAUACAUUGAUUCUCAGACCGUGGAUGAUGGUAUCGACUUCAAGGGGUUUCAGUCUCUCGUUGGGCCUGUUAUCGAGCAUCUCGGCAGGUUUGAGUUGUCUGCGGGUGCCGGAGUUAUCAAUUACUGUCGACUCACUGCCCUGGGUGAUCGGAUAUGCAUCUUCACCGGCUCGAGCAUGCCGCAUGUUCUUCGGGCUUGUGGUGGCGGCGGCAAGAUCUCGUCUGCCAUCUUCCGCCAGAACACCUGA